AUGAGCAACGAUCCUCGCCGUGAACAGACGUUCCAGGGCAAUAUGGCACCUAACCACUUUGCUGCUUACGGCCAUCACGACCAGAAAUCUCCGCAAGCAACCACCAGUAGAUCUGGUGGCACGAACGCACAGCAACUGUCUCCUUCCCAGCAGACAUUCGAUGCAGCUUUCUGGAACAACCCUGCCCUUACUGCGCAAUACUACGGACAUGGACAACUCGCUCCUCAGAGCUCUUCCUUCCAAAACGUUUCCCACAUGUCCAACCAUCAGAACAUGCAGUCUUUCCCUCCUACUUCGUUUGGCAACCCCAGCUUUCAGGCUCCCUUCGAUCCUGCGACACAGAUGCUUCAAAACUGGACCAUGGCUCAAUCUGGAUACAAUCCAAGCAUGCAGUACUCUAUGCAGCAAUAUCCUAUGCAGCAAGCUCCAAUGCAGCAGAUCCCCUUCGAACAGACUAAUUACGAGCAAAAUCCCGGUCAGCAAGCUCAAGCACAGCCAGAAACUGAUGUCAAGCAAGAUCCCGAGUCCACUGAUGCAUACUCUGGCGGCCACGUCGAUUACAACAUGGAAGACGAUCCUAGUGCGCAACUGAUGGCCGAGUUGACACAGGACAUUACCGGAUCUGCUCGCGCUCCCACGGUACCCGAAGAAAACGACACCAAGUACCAGGACGAAAACCAAGGCUGGGGAUCCUCUGUGGUUAACGCAACCCAGCUCGAAUACAAUAACUCGAUGUUCGCAGAUGCUCCGACUCAUCAAAACUCUGGCUUUGAGCCUUUCAGAAGUUUCGAGUCACAAGACCCAGUCACUGAGGCCGAGAAGGCCCAAGAAGACCAACUCGCACAGCAGGUCGAGCAAGUUGUUGCGGACUUGAUUGAUGAGGGUAUGCAAGACGUCGUUCCUGAGUACACUGACGCACCCGUUUCCACCGACCAAGCUCAUGAUUCCUUCUCUGGUGAACGCCUCCAGCACUCUACUUCUGCUAGAGAGGCAUCCUUCCCUAUCGACGACACGGAGCAGAGUGCCAGUGACCCAAAGAUCGUCGUUGAGGAUGCUCCUGAAGAGGAAGUGGUCAUGCAGGACGACGUCACAGAAGAGCAUGCUAUUGGUGAUCAUGAAGAUCAAGAUGACGUCUCUGACAAUGACUCUGAGGACCACGAAUCUGACGAAGAAGAUACUGUCGAGAGCGAAACUGCGGAAGAGGAGGACGCAGACAUUGAUGUCUCCGAUGCUGAACCAUCUUCUGAUCAGGACGCGCACGAUUCUGGUGCUGAAGUCCCCCAUCAGGUUGAGUUUGAGGGCUACACGCUUACAGAGAGCCUUCAAAAGACCAUCAAGAAGACGAUGGCGAAGAAGGAAGAUAAGGAGCUGCACCACAAAGCUUCAAAGCUGCAGCCUCAUCAUCUUCCUGAGCAUCGCUACUGGGUUGCCGUACUAAUGCACACCAUGCAGCCCCACAAGGCCAAGGUCGAGAAGGAUUUUGUUUGGCUCAAAGGCCACAAGACCAUUUGGAACAAAUACCGCGAAGUGACCACCGAAGAGCAGCACCAGAUUCUCUUCUGCGGCAGAGUCCCAAAGUUCACUGACACACUGGAAGAGCUGGACAGAUUCGGCGACAAGUUGAUCGUCUUCCGCGCUGCCAAGCAGGAAGUUAUUGUCAUCGACUGA